AUGGCUGAACAAAAGCAGGAAUACACUGCUGAAAAAGAAUUCAUCGACGAGAAGUUCGACAUCGAGCGCUCGUCGGUCGUCCUCGAGGAAGAGGAGAACUCUCCCAUUCCCGAGGUCGCCGCUAUCGUUUCCAACAAGGAUGACCCCAACAUCCCCGUCCUCACCUUCCGCUUCUGGCUCAUGGCCGUCCUCUUCUCCUGCCUCCUCUCCUUCUUCAACCAGUUCUUCUGGUUCCGUACCCAUCCUAUGACCAUCUCCACCCUGGUUAUCCAGUUGUUGUCCUACCCCUUCGGAAAGUUCUUGGCCCGUGUCCUCCCCGCCGGUCCCCUCAACCCCGGCCCCUUCAACAUCAAGGAGCACGUCUUGGUCGCUUUGACUGCCAACUGCGCUGGUGGUACCGCCUACGCUGUCGAUAUCACCGUCAUCCAGAAGGUCUACUACCUCCAGGACUUUGGUUUCGGUGCCAACUUCCUUCUCAUUCUCUGCACCCAGAUGUUGGGUUACGGUAUGGCUGGUGUUCUCCGUCGCUACCUUGUCUACCCCGCUGCCAUGAUCUGGCCCUCGAACUUGGUCCAGGUCGCCUUGUUCAACACCCUCCACAAGGAUGAAGAACUCGAGGCUGGUCAGUGGACUCGCUUCAAGUUCUUCUGCGUUGCCACCGUUGGCAUGUUCUUGUACCAGUGGAUCCCUGGUUUCAUUUUCCCCGUCCUCUCCUCCAUUGCCUGGGUCUGCUGGAUCAACCCCAACAACUUGGUUCUCUCCCAGAUUGGUGGUGCCGGCGGUCUCGGUGUCGGUGCCAUCUCCCUCGACUGGAACAACAUUGUUUCCUUCUUGGGUUCUCCUUUGAUUGUCCCCUGGUGGGCUCAGGUCAACAUUGCCAUGGGUUUCUUCUUGAUCGCCUGGAUCAUGGUCCCCAUUGCCUACUACACCAACCUCUGGGAGGCUAAGAAGUUCCCCAUCCUCGACUCUGGUCUCUUCAUGGAAAACGGCAACCGCUAUGCUGUCAAGACCAUCUUGACCGAUGACAACGUCUUGGACCUGGAGAAGUACAACCUUCACGGACCCCUUCGCAUCACCACCUUCUUCGCUCUUACCUACGGUAUUGGUUUCGCUGGUCUCUCUUCCAUGAUGACCCACACCUGGUUGUACCAUCGCCACAAGUUGGUUGCCCAGUGGAAGCAGUCUCGCGAGCACUCUGAGGAUAUCCAUCACAAGCUCAUGCAGGCCUACCCCGAGGUUCCCGACUGGUGGUACGCUGCCUUGUUCGUUCUCAUGACUGCCGUUGCCAUCGUCACCUGCGAGGUCUGGGACUACAAGCUCCCCUGGUGGGGUGUUAUCUUGGCUGUCGCCCUUGCCGCCGUCUUCUCCCUCCCCGUCGGUCUCAUCCAGGCUAUCACUAACCAGCAGCCCGGUCUUAACAUUAUCACUGAGUACGUCAUUGGUUACAUUCUCCCCGGUAAACCCAUUGCCAACGUUACCUUCAAGACCCUCGGUUACAUCUCCAUGGCCCAGGCUAUGACUUUCACCUCGGAUCUCAAGCUCGGUCAUUACAUGAAGGUCCCUCCUCGUGCCAUGUUCUGGGCCCAGCUCGUCGGUACCUUGAUCGCUGGUCUCGUCAACUUGUUGACUGCCAACUGGCUCUUGAAGUCCCAGAAGGAUGUUUGCACCCCCCUUAAUAAGGAGUUCCAAUGCCUUUCGGCCAAAACCUUCUUCUCUGCCUCGGUCAUUUGGGGAGUUGUCUCGCCCAACCUCAUGUUCGGUCCCGGUUCGAUGUACAACUCUAUCAACUACUUCUUCUUGAUCGGUUUCGUCCUCCCCAUCCCAUUCUACUACCUCAAGAAGGCCUUCCCCAACUCCUGGUUGGACUAUGUUCACAUCCCAGUCUUGUUGGCUGCCACCGGUAUGAUGCCUCCCGCCCAGGCUUACCAUUACACCAACUGGUUGGCUAUCGGUUUCGCCUUCCAGUUCUUUGCUCGUCGCUACCACCCCGAGUGGCACUUGCGCUUCACCUAUGUCAUGUCCGCUGCCUUCGACUCUGGUGUUGCCUUCACUGGUCUCCUCUCUUUCUUCAUCUUCACUAUCCGCGGUGUUGGUAUGGUCGAGUGGUGGGGUACUCGUGAGGAUCUCUGCCCUCUUGAGGGCAGCCCCUACAUCCCUGCCGAGGUUAUCCCUGAUGCUUAA